UCUACCCUCUCCUCUCUGGACAGAGCUCGAAUCAUCCGGCACGAUCCCCAUGGAUAACCCCUCUUCUUCUUCUUCUCCUCCUCCUCCUCCUCGGUCCAAGACGGCGGAGCUAGACGCGCCCCUCCACGCGGUCGGGUUCGAGCUCGAAGACAUAUCCGCCGCCAGGGUCACUGGCAAGAUCCUCGUCUCCCACAAGUGCUGUCAGCCGUUCCAGGUGCUGCAUGGAGGGGUGUCGGCGAUGAUAGCGGAGGCGAUGGCGAGCAUGGGGGCCCACCUCGCCUCCGGCUUCAAGAGGGUUGCCGGAAUCCACCUGAGCAUCAACCACGUGAAGAGCGCGGUGGUCGGCGACCUCGUCCGCGCUGAGGCCGCCCCCGUCAGCAUCGGCAAGACCAUACAGGUAUGGGAGGUGCGGCUAUGGAAGGUUGACCGGCAAGACUCCGAGAGCAAAACCUUGGCGUCGACGUCUAGGGUUACUCUCCUCUGCAACAUGCCCAUCCCCGAGCAUUUGAAGGACGCGGAUAAAAUUCUCAGGAAGCAUGCCAAACUCUGACUACCGGCGUGCAAUUAGCAGCUCACUGCUGUUAUCAAUGCCGAAAGUGCAGGGCAGUUACAUGAAUAAAGUUCCUUUGAACCAAACGGCCACGGAUGUGCAGACAACAACCCCCAUUUCUCAGUAAGAGCAUCGCACGCUGAACCGACGCAGCUAGUAAUUGCCGGGGC